AUGAACCGCUGUGCGAUUCAACAGAACAAUUUCGGUGCCUGUGAGGAGAUUUGGGCGGCCGGAAGAUGUAUGGAGAAGAAGGAGACGGUGGUUUGCCCUAAGCCACGGCGGCUCGGCCUUGCCUACGCUACCUUUGACCCUUCUUAUGCAAGACCCUUACGCUGGCAUAUGAGUCAUCAGCAAGAGGAUUGUGAUUCAAGAGCUGGAAAACGGCGGCGGCCGCGGCGGCUUCUUUUAGGAUGUUAUGCUGCUUUAGUACUUACAUUCUUAAACUCUAACCGUGAGUCACUGUUAUUACCUGCAUUGGCCGAGGAAGAUCUGAAUGCCUUGGAGGGCAAAGAUGAGACGACCAGUGUUGUCGGGGCCUUCAAGUCCUUGUUCGAGCCAAACGACAAAACAAAAUCGGGUAAGGUUCUGCCGAAGUCUUACUUGAAAUCCGCGAGGGAAGUUGUGAAAACUCUUCGUGAGUCGCUUAAGGAAAGUACAGUGGAUAUGGCUAAGUUUAGACGGACAGCUGAUGCCGCAAGAGAAUCAAUCCGGGAAUAUCUGAAUGGGUGGACGGGCCAGAAGACAGUCGUGAAUGAAGAAUCGUAUGUCAUGCUCGGAAAAGCUAUAAGAUCUCUAGCGGGGUUUUACUCGAAAGCAGGUCCAUCUGCAACCCUUCCGGAGGAGGUCAAAACUGAGAUACUGAGGGACCUUGCCACAGCAGAAAAAUCUCUGUGA